CAAUCUACAAAGGUCGACGGGAUGCACAGAAUUACCGUUAGAUCAUUCAGGCGCCAAUAGAACGUGUUACACAUGCAGGCUACAUCACAGCCGACAAGCGAGAUUGAAGCAAGAAACGUACCCCGAUCAGCUAGGUCACAUAUAGCAUCAAAAGCUUUUCCUUACGCCAGCAACAGCUAUUUCACAUCACCACUGAAAACCAAGCAAGCAAUUUGGCUAACCUUUCAACACGGUGCACUAUCGCUAGUCGACGAACGUGAAAAUCUCCAAACUAACGAAAACAACGCCACCUAUCACCGCACCACGUAUCACAAUGGAGGACGAUUUUGUGACAGUGACGGACCCAGAGGGAUUUACUCUCAGAUUGACUGAGCUCGAUGGUGUCUACGCAUCACCAUUCCCUGGGAUAAAAGAGCGUGUAAAAAAGUUGAAGACGUUCAAGUGUAGAGACGAUGACAUCCUCAUUUUGGCGUUUGCUAAGUCAGGAACUCACUGGACAUGGGAAAUCGCCCAUAUGUUGUCCAGAAAUACGACAGAGCACAUAGUGGGAGAAAAGUCUGAACAAUUUUUGGAGGCUCAAGAUGCCCAGGACUUGGAAGCUCACAAAUCCCCACGCAUACUAAAUACACACCUCCGCCCAGAGCGAAUACCAGACGAUUUUAUCAGGCGAAAAUGCAAGAUCAUUUACAUUCAGCGGAAUCCAAAAGAUGUGUUUGUUUCUCUUUACAACCACUGUAAAAAUCUUGAACAGUAUUACAGGUACUCCGGCAACUUUUCAGGAUUCUUUGAACUGGCCUUGGAAGGAAAAGUUGAGUCAGGGAAUUGGUUCGAAUACGCCAAGCUAUGUGAGAAAUUUCUCAAAGCCCAUCCUGACGUACCUGUGUUGCGCUUACAUUAUGAAGACAUGAAAAUGAAUCUUCUGGAACACGUGAAGAAGAUAGCCGAGUUCUGUAAUUUCUCCGUGUCCGCGAAAACCAUGGCAGGAAUUGCGGAGGCGUGUACCUUCUCUAAUAUGAGGAAAUUCAAAGUGGACACAGUAAAUCCAGAUCGCCAAAGUCGGUGGAAAGACGGCAGAUACAACAUGUACCGAAAAGGUGUCUCUGGCGAUUGGAAGAAUUGGUUUACAGUGGCACAAAAUGAGCGGUUUGAAGCAGAGAGCAGAAAGCAAUUGGAAGGAUCAGACGUUUGUGUGAAGUGGGCCAACUGAAUUAGCGUGUGAGCAAACGCACAGAAACCUGCGCUUGUCUGUCCAUUUGCUUUUUUAAAUGUUCAUUUUUUUAAUAUUUUUGGGUCACUCUGUGUAAUGACGUCUGUUCAAUUACGCCUGUCCAAUUGUUCAUGUGUUACCAAAAUCUGGUGCUAUAUUUAAUACAGUAUUGAAUAUUUUCGGGUCACUGUGUAAUUACGUCUUUCCAUUUGUUCACGAGUGACCAAAAUUAGCUGCUUUAUUUUAUGUAAUACUGCAUAUUUUGGGGUCACUGUGUAAUGACGCCUGUGCAAUUGUUCAUGUGUAACCAAACCC